CUCCCAUCUCCUUCCUGCUCAGCAGAUUACCUCAGUUUUAGUUUUGUGCCUGAGGAGUACAGGCACAGAUUCCUUCAGUGUAGAUUUUAGUUAGGUUUCUGUUGUUUAUUUUGAUUUUACUUAUGUGUGCUUAGUCCCUGUUUACAGGAGACACGUAUACUAGGAGUGGGGUUAGUUAGUUAUGUGUCUCCCACUCCCCAGAGCCUCUAAGAAGCCACCAUACUCUUAGUCACUGGGGCUUACUUGAUGCAGGAUGGAUUUCCUAGGAGGCACUGUACUGGUCGGCAAGCCUCAGCUGUGAUCCUGGAAUCUGACAAUCUCAAUGUGAAAGAACUUGAGUUUGGAGAAACCAUCCUCUCCUGCAAAUACAGACUGGAGAAGGAGCAACAGCACAGAUUAGAAUGGAAGAAAACUGCCCUCAAUGGAGCUGCCUCCUUUGUCUAUUUUAAUAACUCACUAUCAGCUGAGUUCCAGAAGCGAGUGGAGAUGAUGGGUGCAAGCCUAAGGUUUAGAAAUCUCACCAGAGAGGAUGCUGGGAGUUAUCGCUGUGAAAUCAGCGCACCUCAAGACAAGAAAAACUUUCAAGAAAUCACUAUCAAUCUAAACGUUUUAGUGGCCCCAAGCAUCCCGGUGUGUGACAUCCCCAGCUCGGCAAUGAGCGGAAGCGCAGUUGUGCUGAAAUGUUGGGAGAAACAAGGCAAUCCAGCUUCAAUAUACCGGUGGUAUAAGGAUGGCGUUCCCUUGGAUAUCCAAAGCCAAAAUGCCAAAGCUGUCAAUGCCAGUUAUAAAGUGGAUACAGCCACAGGCACUCUGCAUUUCAGCACAGUCACAAAACGGGACACUGGAGAAUAUUACUGUGAGGCCAGUAACAGUAUUGGUACACAGAGGUGUAUAGCAAAGAGGAUGCAAGUGGAUGACUUGAACUUGGCUGCAAUCAUAUCAGCAGUGGUAAUUGUCUCUCUUGUGAUCACAUUGUGUGGCUGUGGGAUUUGUUACGCACAGAGAAAAGGCUACUUCUCAAGUGGGAAAUCCUCUAAGAAGGAGAAUGCUCAUAAAUUGGCAUCACAAGCAGAAAGUGAUUUCAAGCAUACAAAGUCUUUUGUCAUAUGAGAAGACAUUUUGUGAAGGCGGCCAUUUUAACCACUUCCUUCCCCGAAAUGGCACACUCCAUUGUGAAUAUGAUAGACUUGAAAAAUAUCUAUUUUUACAUGAAAUAAAUGUAACUGACCAUGUACUGAAGAAGUAAAAAAAAAAAAUCACUAUGUGCAUUAAUCGGGAUCAGCUAGUGAAUGUUACCCCGUUACAUAUCUGAUGAUUGAGUCUGUUGCCAUUGUCACAGCCAAGGAGAUUCUGCAGGCCUUGCUGAAGCUGUUUCGGUGUGAAUGACAUUUUCAGCUUGCAACGUUCCAGUUUUUUUUCCCUUAUACAUGCUAGAAAUAAAUAGUGCUCGAGAGUUAGAACCACUGGCGUUCCCUCGAAUAUAAAGCAGUUCACUUAGCCAUUUUGUGUAGGGUAAUACAGAACAUACAGGCUGUCUAAUAUGUGCUAAUAUUAACCCAUUCAGAACUGUGGGGGAAUUUACCAAAGCUUGGAUAGAGAUAAAUGGAGAGAGAUAAAGUACCGACCAAUCAACUCCUAAUUAAUUUUUCAAACACGAGAGAUGUACUAAGCCGUGCAAAGUGAUAAAGUGGAGAAAGAUAAACUACCAGCCAAUCAGCUCCUAACUCAUUUUUCAUGCACUGCCCUUAACAUGGCAGUUAGGAGCUGAUUGGUACUUUUUCUCUCCCAACUUUAUCUCUCUCCAAGGCUCAGUACAUCUACCCCACAGCCUGUAAAAGGGCAGGAGCUGAUUGGUUGGUACUUUAUCUCUCCUCACUUUGGGCGAUAUGCACUAAGCAGUGAUAAAAGUGGAGAAGUGAGCCAGUGGAGAAGUUACCCAUGGCAACCAAUCAGCUGCUCUGUAUACUAUUACAGUAUGCAAAUUAUAAAUGUUACGUCAAUGCUGAUUGGUUUCCAACUUCUCCACUAGCUGGCUUCUCCGCUUUUAUCACUGCUUAGUACAUCUCUCUUUACCUCUCUCCAAGCAUUUAUAAAUCUCCCCCUACUUAUUUUAUUGUCAUUUGCUGCAAAAAAAAAGAAGCAGUUCGCUAGUGCUCUAGCCUGUUCGCGCCAAAACUAGUGGUAUAGUGUUAUAACGUGCUGUAUACAAUAGAUCAUUGAUGUAUUAUAUAAAUAGCAAAUCAUUGUACAGCAAGCAAAUAGACAUGUAACAUAAAUACUAUGUAAAAUGAUACAGUGUAAAACACCCCACAGAAUUGUAAUUUCCUGUGAUUCUAAAGUGGGGUUGUUGCAGCUAGGACUGCUGACAGUAUUCUGGGGUAGAUGUAUUAACCUGGAGAAGGCAUAAGCAAGUGAUAAACCAGUGAUAAAAGCAAGGUGAAAAACACACCAGCCAAUCAGCUCCCAUAUGUAAAUUAACAGUUAGGAGCUGAUUGGCUGGUGCGUUAUCACCUUGCACUUAACACUGCUUUAUCACUGGUUUAUCACUUCCUUAUGCCUUCUCCAGGUUAAUACAUCUACCCCUCUGUUUGAACUGCAGUAACACUUAGAUGAGGGCAUUAGGUAAAGGCCCGCACGAAAAAGUAAAAUACAUUUCCUGGAGUAUUAUUUUGUAGGAGUAGCUAAACCACAGUGAUAAUAAGCUUCAUUGUGUGCCUCAAACAUUAAAACGUAAUCAGAUUUUUCCAUUUUUCCAGAUAUUGAUGGGGUUUGCCACAUGCUUUGUAUAUUUUACUCCCAAAGUUCCAUAGUCUACUAUUUCCUAAUUAAAAUAAUGUCCAACUGCACAGAGUGUGGAUGGGGCUAUAUAGAAAGCCUCCCAAGCCACAAAGCACAGAGUAAAUAUUACUAUUCUAACAAUCUGUCUGAAUUUGUGCCAACUAAUUUACUUUUCCAUAUUAACGCCCUUAUUUAUCAAUGAGUGAUCAAUUUCCCUGUGAGUGAUAAAGCACCAGCCAAUCCGCUCCUAACUUCCAUGUCACAGGCUGGGUUUGAAAAAUGACAGGAGCAGAUUGGCUGGUGCAAUUUAUCACUCACAGUGAAAUUUAUCACUCAUUGAUAAAUAAGGGCAUAAGUCUGACAAAUAGCCGUAGAUCUACUAACACUUCUAAAAUGGUAAAGUGGAGGUAUUGCCCAUGACAGCCAAUUGGACUCUAGCUAUCAUUAAUCUAGAUCAGUGGUUCUCAAACUCGGUCCUCAGGACCCCACACGUGCAUGUUUUGCAGGUCUCCUCACAGAAUCACAAGUGAAAUAAUUAGCUCCACCUGUGGACCUUUUAAAAUGUGUCAGUGAAUAAUGAAUACACCUGUGCACUUGCUGGGUUACCUGCAAAACAUGCACUGUGUGGGGUCCUGAGGACCGAGUUUGAGAACCACUGAUCUAGAUCAUUAUAGAAAAUGAUAGCUAGAAUCUGGUUGCUAUGGCAACACCAACACUUUUCCUUUUUAGAAGGUUUAUUAACUCUACCCCUAAAGCAGGAUCAACAUGAAGUUAAGAUAGUACAAACAAACUGGGUGUACAAACCUAGGGAGGAGAGAUAUCAAACCUUGGAGAGAGAUAAAGGGGUCUAUUCAUGAAGCUGUGAAAAGAGUGGAAACGUGAGCCAGUGGAGCUGCUACUUGUAAUUUUAUAGAAUGCACUUGAUAAAUAUUACUUCAAUGCUGAUUGGUUGCCAUGGGGAACUGCUCCACUGGCUCACUUCUCCACUAUUUUCACUGCUCCAUGAAUAGACCCCAAAGUACCAUGUAUUAAGCCUGGAGAAGUGAUAAAGCAGUAUUAAGUGGAAGGUGACAACGUUCCGGACAAUUUACGUGUUGGAGCUGAUUGGCUGGUGCGUUAUCACCCCCCACUUAUCACUGCUUUAUCACUUCUUCAGGCUUAAUACAUCUGCCCCACGUAAACUGUUGGAGUGGAGGUGUGGCUUCAGGCAGAGGAGGGUGUGGUAGGGCUGGUUAUAGCAUGACUUGUAUAGAUUGGGGUGUGGCUUAUUUAGCCCUGGUGUAUAUUUUAGUUAUCUACCCUGAUCUUUCCAAAUUCGGACUAGUCUGUACUGAUGAAUAUACAAAACUUACAUAUAGUAGCCCUAUCCAAAUAUAAAUCCUCAUCAUGAAAAUCCUUUAAAACCAAUAAACCACAGAAUAUGGUAGUGUAAAGCAUGUUCUUCUGGUAUUGUGGCCACCAUAAUUUUACUGUAUUAAGCCAUAUACUGUAGCAAACUGAAUUCAGGUCUUUUUUUGCCACAUUUAUUGCACUCCAAACAAAGUUGCCUAAUUUUUAGAGCUCCCAUCUGAAGUCGGUUGGUUCUAAAUCGGAGUGGGAGAAGGGACCUUCUGAUGUCAUUAGGGGAGGAGACACGUCACCAGGGGGAGGAGCUACGGUCGCCACGCUUCGGGCUCGGUGUAUCGCUUUGCUCGCCACCUGAUUACUAAAGGUAAUAGUUGGUGGCGUGGAUAGUAGAGGAACUAUCCCGCUGGCUUAGCUCCUCCCCCUUGUGUCGUGGCUACUCCCCCUGAUGUAAAAGGUCCCUUAGGCCACUUGAAUCUAGCAUCAACCAUCUGAAGUCCAAGUGGUAAUUGUUUUGGCCCAUCAUGGCUGCCAUCCCCCAUCCCUUCCCACCUCAGUGCCAUGGUGCAGCUUGCAUCAUCUCCCAGAAGGGAGGCGAGUGAUUCACAUUAUCAGGGUCAAGAGCAGUGGAAAUCCUAGCUGCAAUGAACGAUACACUGAGUUGUGCAGUCCUGCGCCAUAAUAUGUUGGCCUCAUUUAUGUACAGCAUAAGUUUGUAAUGAUUCUCUCUUAUGUACUAAAAGUUUUUUUUUUUCUCUCAGCUAUUUAGUUUUAUUUUUCUCUAGAUGAAUACAUGUGCCUUAAUUUAAAUUUCACAUGUGAGAAUGUACACAUUCUUUUUUUCUACUGAAUAAAAUAUAUAUUGUUUACCGUCAUAUAUCCACAGGCCUGUAAAUGAGCUGUUUGAUACAUGUUUGUUUGCUUCUGAAGGUAAUUGCACAAUUGGGUCUCAAUGACGUCUGUACAAGCAUAGUCACCUAACAUUGUGCAUGCCCAUACCGUGUAAGUAUAGAUAGAUUGCACUUUUUGAUCAUUGUAAGAUGUUUAACAUGAUGUAGGAUACGGUCUAAAAUAAUAAAGUUAGUUUUUUGUUUA